CUGCCGAACGGAUAAACUUUCUCUCUAUCUCUCUCUCCCAUUCAGUGAGGAUGCUGACGAGCCCGAGCAACGUGCUCCAUAGCAGUCCAUGCUUCUCGCCGUUUCGGCGGAGCAAGUUUGUUUUCUCUCGGGAUUUCCGACGAUUCUUCGUCGGCAGCGGCGGCGGCGGAGGGAGAUUGUCCGCCGCGAAGCUGUGUUCGCUCUCUCUUCUCUCCGCGAGUGGUGGGAAGAAGUUUGGUAUCAGGGCACUAGCGGAGACUGAUUCUUCUGAGGUUGUUGACGAUGUCGGUGAUGGGUCUCCUAGUUUCUUCCCUAAUCAUGUUUCUGUCAAAAUCCCUUUCGGGGACAGAGAGAUUUUAGUUGAGACUGGUCAUAUGGGCAGACAAGCAAGCGCUGCUGUUACAGUCACUGAUGGAGAAACGAUUGUUUACACAUCUGUUUGUCUGGCUGAUGUCCCUAGUGAGCCGUCCGAUUUUCUUCCUCUUUAUGUUCACUAUCAGGAGCGAUUCUCAGCUGUAGGUCGAACAAGUGGGGGAUUUUUCAAACGAGAAGGGAAAACCAAAGACCACGAGGUUCUGAUCUGUAGGUUGAUUGAUAGGCCUUUACGCCCCACCAUGCCCAAAGGCUUCUACCAUGAAAUUCAGUUAUUAUCCUGGGUCUUGAGCUAUGACGGAUUACACUCCCCUGAUGCUUUAGCUGUUACUUCUGCUGGAAUAGCUGUAGCUUUUUCAGAAGUUCCAAAUUCAAAAGCUAUUGCUGGAGUCCGGGUUGGUUUUAUUGGGGGCAACUUUAUUGUCAACCCAACCACAAAGGAGAUGGAAGAUUCACAGCUUGAUUUGUUUCUUGCUGGCACUGAUACGGCAAUAUUAAUGAUAGAGGGCUACAGUAAUUUUCUUCCUGAGGAAAUGUUGCUCCAAGCUGUGGAAGUUGGACAGAAUGCUGUACGGGCUACAUGCAGUGCUAUUGAGGCCUUAGCAAAGAAAUAUGGCAAACCCAAAAUGUUUGAUGCAAUCAGAUUGCCGCCUUCCGAGUUAUACAAGCAUGUUGAAGAAAUUGCCGGUGAGGAAUUGAGCAAAGCACUACAGAUUAAGAGCAAAAUACCAAGAAGAAAGGCAAUCUCGUCGCUGGAAGAAAGAGUAUUGACAAUACUUACAGAAAAGGGAUAUGUCAUUAAUGAUGUAACAUUUGGAACCACAGAAGCGCCACAGGAUCUGUUGGAGGAUGAGGACGAAGAUGAGGAAGUUGUUCCGGAAGGUGAGGUGGAUCAAGGUGAUGUUCACAUAAGGCCAAUCCCACGGAAGCCCACCCCUUUACUAUUCUCUGAAGUAGAUGUGAAACUGGUAUUCAAAGAAGUAUCAUCAAAAUUCUUGCGGAGGCGUAUUGUUGAGGGUGGUAAAAGAAGUGAUGGGCGGACUGUAGAUGAGAUUCGCCCGAUUAGCUCAAGAUGUGGACUUCUUCCAAGAGCGCAUGGUAGUGCUCUAUUCACACGUGGUGAAACACAGGCACUGGCAGUAGUUACUCUUGGUGAUAAACUAAUGGCACAGAGAAUUGAUAACCUUGAGGGUUCCGACGAAUAUAAGAGGUUCUACCUUCAGUACACAUUUCCUCCAUCAUCUGUCGGUGAAGUCGGGCGAAUUGGAGCACCGAGUAGAAGAGAAAUAGGUCAUGGAACACUAGCAGAGCGCGCACUAGAGCCCAUAUUACCUGAUGACGAUGAUUUUCCUUAUACAAUACGUGUUGAAAGUACCAUCACUGAGAGCAAUGGUUCCUCAAGCAUGGCAUCUGUUUGUGGUGGUUGCUUGGCUUUGCGGGAUGCUGGAGUUCCAGUCAAAUGUUCAGUUGCUGGCAUAGCAAUGGGGAUGGUUUUGGAUACUGAAGAAUUUGGCGGUGAUGGAACCCCUCUUAUCCUUUCUGACAUUACCGGAGCUGAAGAUGCAUCUGGAGAUAUGGAUUUUAAGGUUGCCGGGAAUGCAGAUGGUGUUACAGCUUUUCAGCUGGACAUUAAGGUAGGGGGAAUCACUUUACCAAUAAUGGAAAAAGCGCUCCUACAGGCUAGAGCUGGACGUCGACAUAUACUUGCUGAAAUGUCAAAGUCUUCACCGUCUCCUUCAGAGAGCCUGUCAAAGUAUGCUCCGUUGAUUCAUAUCAUGAAGGUCAAUCCGGAUAAAGUGAACUUUCUCAUCGGUUCUGGUGGGAAGAAAGUGAAAAGCAUCAUUGAAGAAUCUGGAGUUGAAGCCAUUGAUAUGCAAGAUGACGGGAUUGUUAAAAUCACGGCAAAAGACUCUACAAGUCUUGAAAGGUCGAAGUCAAUUAUCAGUGGGCUGACGAUGGUUCCUGCUGUUGGUGACGUCUACAGGAAUUGUGAAAUCAAAUCAAUGGCUCAUUAUGGCGCCUUUGUAGAAAUUGCGCCUGGGCGGGAGGGACUUUGCCAUAUCAGUGAGCUGAGUUAUGAGUGGCUGGCAAAGCCUGAAGAUGCCUUUAAAGUAGGAGAUCGCAUUGAUGUCAAGCUUAUAGAGGUGAAUGAAAAAGGGCAGCUUCGACUUAGUGUUCGGGCACUUCUUCCCGAGCCAGAAAGAGAUGAAGAUGAUCAGAAGCAACAGCAGAGUGAUCCUACCAAAGAAAAGGGUUCACCGAGAAAAUAUGUAAAUGCAUCAAAGGACGAAGCUGCUGAUGGGAAGACUGGACAAGUCAAUGUAAAAAUUACCGCAGCGGCAGCCAAAGUUACCGGAUCCUCGAAAAUCACUUCUGUGGAAAACCUUGUUCUGAAGAAGAAAGCUAUCAGGAGAUCAACUGGUGGUGUCAAAGAAGUGCUUUCAGGUAAAAAGGACAAGUCAAAUAAAAGCAGCAAUGGCACAGAAGCAACAGUUUCCAGCGAAGACAAUAGCAAUUUUGUCAAUGGAGAAGCUACAAUCAGUUAGUAAAUGGCAUCAAUAAUCUUGAGUAACCACGGUUAAUUUCUCGUCUAUUGUGAAGAUGGAUACAAUGAAGGAGAAUCUCGUCCAACAGUAACACAGUUGUAGCAGUCUGUUCAGACACAUUUGGUCAGGUGGACAUGCUUGCAGAAGCUGAAGCUGAAGAUGAAGAAGAAGAAGAAGAAGAAGAAGAAGAAACCGUGGAAAUAUUGAACAUAAACACCAUUUCUUGAGGUGGAUUUUUGCAAAGUAAAAAGGGUUCUGAACUUUGUACCAUUUAGGCAUUUUUAAUCUUAUCUUAGUGUCUCCCGCUUGUUCUGGUUCUGUUCUUGUCUUGUUCGUCACUGCACUUUCCUGAGUUUCUUGAAAUCUAUCAAUGGAGAAAAUCAGUAAAAGUACCAAUUUGUCACAA